AUGUCGGAAGGGCUCAUCAAGCCCGAGAAGGACUUCUCCAAGGAGGUCGAUAAACAGCUUCCAGAGGCGGAGAAGCUGGCCAAGACCAACGUCCAAGGUGCCAUCGAGAAGCUCGCGGCGCUCGAGAAGCAGACCCGUCAGGCAUCUGACCUUGCCUCGACAUCGCGGGUCCUCGUCGCGAUCGUGACGAUUGGCAAGGAUGCCGGCGAUUGGGGCCUGAUGAACGACCAGAUGCUGGUCUUCUCCAAGAAGCACAGCCAGCUCAAGCAGGCCAUCACUAAGAUGGUGCAGACCGUCAUCGGCUUCCUCGACGAGACGCCCGACCUCAAGACGAAGCUGUCGGUGAUCGAGACGCUACGGACCGUGACCGAGGGCAAGAUCUUUGUCGAGGUCGAGCGCGCCCGCAUAACCAGGGUCCUCUCAGACAUCAAGAAGGAGCAAGGCGACCUGGAGGCAGCCAAGGACAUCCUGUGCGAGCUCCAGGUCGAGACGUUUGGGUCGAUGACCAGGAGGGAGAAGACCGAAUUCAUCCUAGCCCAGGUCAGCCUCUGCAUCGACAACGGCGACUGGGCGCAGGCCGGCAUCCUGGGCCGCAAGAUCAGCACCCGGUACCUGUCCCGCAAGCCUAAGAAGACGCAGGAGCAGUUGGACAAGGAGCAGAAGGAGCGAGAGAAGAAGAAGGCCCGCGGCGAGGAGGUCGAGGAGGAGAAGGAGGACGACACGACCGACCUCAAGCUACGGUACUACGAGCAGCAGAUCCAGCUGGCCAAGCAGGAUAACAAGUACCUCGACGUCUGCAAGCACUACCGACAGGUGCUCGACACCGAGGCGGUGGAGGAGGAUCCCACCAAACUCCAGCCUGUUCUCCAGCGCAUCAUCUACUUUGUCAUCCUGGCCCCUCAUGACAAUGAGCAGCACGACCUCCUGCACCGUAUCCACCGCGACACGCGCAACUCCCAGAUCCCGCUCGACGCCGAACUGCUAAGGCUCUUUACGGUCCACGAGCUGAUGCGAUGGCCCGAAGUGUCCAAGAAGUUUGGCCCGCACCUGUGCAAGUCGGACGUCUUCGAGGCCGAUCCCGGCAAGGACGAAAAGGCCUACGAGCGCUGGCAGGACCUGCGCAAGCGUGUCAUCGAGCACAACGUCCGCGUCGUGGCCGAGUACUACACGCGCAUUCAGCUGACGCGCCUGACGGCGCUGCUCGACCUGACGGAGGAUGAGACGGAGAAGUACAUUAGCCAGCUGGUGACGGCCAAGACCAUCUAUGCCAAGAUUGAUCGGCCAGCCGGUGUCGUCAACUUUGCCAAGCCACGCGACGCCGACGACGUACUGAACGAGUGGAGCCACAACAUGAAGAGCCUCCUGGGCUUGUUGGAGAGGAUCGACCACCUCAUCACCAAGGAGGAGAUGAUGGCGCGCAUCCAACCGGCGAGCUCCAAAUAA